GCUUUUUUGGCCUUUCGGGUAAGAUGAAGAUCGCUUUCAAUCGUUAACUGAGCUGAGUAAAACUAACCUGCCCGGAUAGGGCCCCGCGCGCAAAGCAGCAAGCCAUCGAAUCCAUCGCCAGAGCUCCUCUCUCUGUGUAAACCUGACCAUGUUCCUCUCGCCCUCCAACUCCACCGCAACACUAACCCUCUGAAACACCCGCUCAGCCACAGUCCCAGCAAAAAUGUCACUCACACUCCAAAACCUCUUCACGAACUCAUCCUCUCGUUUCACCCUCUACUUCCCUCCCAAAACCUCUUAUCGCUCUCGCCGCCUCCCAACAACCCCCCUACAUUCCCACAACUCAACCCACAAACCCCAACGCCUUUACACUCUCACUUCCUCCAAGACCCACCACCGAACUCGUCUCCGAGCUUACGAAUCCGAUGCUACCUUACGCAACAGAAACGACAUCGUCGGGGUAGGUUUCGAUUUCGAUUCGUUUCUUUCGAUCGCCGAAUUGCUCUGUCUCGUUUCGUCGGCGGUGGCCGUUUCCGUCGGUGUCGCGGCGAGUCUGGGCUGGAAGAAGGCGGUUCUGGUGGAAAUGGGGAACAGGGUUUCGGUGUGGGGGGUCGUACUGUUGGCCGGUGGGGUUGCAAUCGGCGCGUGGAUUCGGAAGCGGCAGUGGAGGCGCGUGUGCCGGGAGACGGUGAAGGGUGGGGUGGAGGUGAACAUGCUGGAGAGGGUUGAAAAAUUGGAGGAGGACCUGCGGAGCUCCGCGACGAUCAUUCGGGUCUUGUCGAGGCAGCUUGAGAAGCUGGGGAUAAGGUUUCGGGUCACGCGCAAGACUCUCAAGGAUCCCAUUGCUGAGACUGCAGCUUUGGCUCGAAAGAAUUCGGAGGCCACUCGAGCAUUAGCAGUGCAAGAAGACAUUCUGGAAAAGGAACUCGGUGAAAUUCAAAAGAUGCUGCUGUUAAUGCAGGAGCAGCAGCAAAAGCAACUUGAGCUGAUUCUUGCCAUUAGCAAGGGGAAGUUAUGGGAAAGAAAACAGGAACAAAAUCGAGAACAAGAUACGACUGAAACACUCAAUUCAGCUGAAGAGGGGUUAAAACAGAAGCAAACCCACCAAAUUUAAGCUUUGGGCCUAUUCUCGUCUGAGGCAGUUGGACUUGCUGGUUUCCCUCAUAGCUAUCUCAUGGGGGGCAUUGCAUUUUCAGCCUGGGGAAUUUUCCUGGUCUUUUUUAAUCACCAUUUUGGAGCUUGAAGGAAAAACCACAGAGGAAGAAUAAAAUGGAGAUGUACUUACUUUUUGUUAACAUAUAUAGCAUUGUACCCAAUGAGAUCCAGGUCCUGCUCGCUCUUGAAUCUGUUAUUGCAGGUUGCAGGGUGAUAGAAUUCAUUUUCAUUUUGAUGUUGCGGGCAUUGUUUGAUUUCCUUGUAAUCAUAUUGUGAACGAACUCCAUUUCUUUUAAGCUGACUUUGCUAUGGAGUUCCUCCUAUUGUUAGCUAAUAUUUAUCAGUUAUUUAGUUGGUCGGAAUGCAAGAAAUUUUUUUCA